UACCAUCACACGAAGAGAGAGUGGCAACUCACGCUUUCCUAACCUAAGAAAUAAGGAGUUCCAGUAUUUUCAGCACUCAUUGUUUAUUGAAAAAUAACAAGAUAAUCUCGUGAGCUGUAAAAAUGCCCGAUAGCACGAAAACCGAAACUCCCAAACCAGAGGCUGAGAAGAAAAAUGAGAAGGAGGAAGAUAAAAACGAUAUGUCGGAGGAAGACAGACUGCUGCAAGAAGAACUGAACCAAUAUGUAGAACAGUUACAAGACUCCAACGAGAAGAUGUAUUUUAAUACACUGGAGUCACUCAGGACGCAAAUCAGGUCGUCAACGACGUCGAUGACGAGCGUACCCAAACCCCUUAAAUUCAUGCGUCCUCAUUAUGACACAAUGAAAGCUGUUUAUGACAAGCUUACGGAUCCAAAGUGCAAAGAGUUUUGCUCCGAUAUAAUCUCUGUUUUGGCCAUGACUAUGGGCGAGAAUAGGGAGUGUCUAAAAUAUAGAAUGACUGGCUCAGCUCUUAACAUUGGUGAAUGGGGUCACGAAUAUGUCAGACAUUUGUCCGGAGAACUGACUGCUGAAUGGGAGGAGUUCUCCAUCAAAGGCUCGGAGGAGUUGAUUCAAAAGUUGAUUGGAUUAGUCCACGAAAUCGUGCCCUAUAAUAUGGCUCACAAUGCCGAAACCGAAGCUUGCGAUUUACUCAUGGAAAUCGAUCGUUUAGAAAUGUUAGAACAAUAUGUUGAUGAAAGUGCUUAUCAGAGGGUGUGCCUUUAUCUUACCAACUGCGUCCCGUACGUUGCCGAUCCAGAGAACACCACUCUUUUACAUGCAGCAUUAAAACUCUACAAAAAGUUCAAUCAGUAUCCACAAGCUAUGAGGCUUGCUAUGCAGCUGAACGACUUGCCUCUCAUCGAAGAUAUAUUCACUAACUGUACUGAUUUAUCGGUUCAAAAGCAACUAGCCUUUAUGCUUGGUCGUCAGCAAAUUUUCCUCGAACUGCCCAUUUCGUUAGACUGGUACGAUGACCUCGUCGAGAUCAUGACCAAUUCUCAGCUCAACAAUCAUUUUCUCAGUCUCGCCCGUGAAUUAGACAUAAUGGAAGCCAAGACGCCAGAAGACGUGUACAAGUCUCACCUUGAAAACUCGAGGCCACCAUUUGGCGGGGGUCAGGUCGACUCUGCCCGUCAAAAUCUCGCAGCUAGCUUCGUAAACGGCUUCGUCAAUGCUGCCUUUGGCCAUGACAAGCUUCUCAUCGACGACGGCAACAAGUGGCUCUACAAAAACAAGGAGCAUGGUAUGCUAAGCGCCACUGCCUCGCUCGGUCUUAUUUUGCUGUGGGACGUCGACGGCGGUCUGACUCCGAUCGACAAGUACCUAUACUCGUCGGAAGACUACAUAAAAUCUGGAGCUCUUUUGGCGUGCGGUAUCGUCAACUGUGGAGUGAGAAACGAAUGCGAACCAGCUCUGGCUCUGCUUUCAGACUAUGUACUGCACAACAGCAACACGAUGCGUAUCGGCGCUAUUCUGGGUCUUGGUCUGUCUUACACAGGAUCGAAUAGAGAAUCGGUAUUAAGUCUUUUGAUACCAGUUCUCAGCGAUCCCAAGUCUAAUCGGGAAGUCAUUGGUAUAACCGGUUUGGCUCUGGGUAUGGUAGCAGUUGGCUCGUGCAAUGCCACCGUCACGACAGCCAUCAUGCACACGCUGAUGGAAAAGACUGAAGCCGAACUAAAGGACACGUAUGCGCGUUUCCUUCCUCUUGGUCUGGGUCUGUGCUUCUUGGGUAAGCAGGAGGCUGCAGAGGCAAUAAUCGCCGCACUCGAGGUUAUUCCUGAGCCCUUCAAAUCUAUGUCGAUGACGCUGGUAGAGGCAUGUGCUUAUGCAGGAACUGGUAAUGUUCUAAAAAUCCAACACUUGCUGCACAUCUGCUCAGAGCACUGCGAGCCUUCUAACGAAAAAGAGGAGAAGACCAACAGCAAAGACAAAGAUAAGAAGGACGAGAAAAAGGAAGAAAAGGAUAAGGACCUGAGCUCGAGGCAAGCUAUCGCCGUUUUGGGUAUCGCUCUCAUAGCCAUGGGUGAGGAGAUCGGUGCGGAAAUGGCCUACCGCACGUUUGGACACUUGCUGCGCUAUUGCGAGCCCGUCAUCCGACGAUCGGUACCUCUGGCUCUCGGACUCAUCUCCGUGUCGAAUCCCAAACUCAACAUCCUUGAUACUCUGUCCAAGUUUUCGCACGACAGUGAUCUCGAGGUUGCGCACAACGCGAUAUUUGCAAUGGGUCUAGUCGGAGCGGGCACCAACAACUCCAAACUCGCAGCCAUGCUCAGACAGCUGGCUCAAUACCACGCAAAAGAUCCAAACAAUCUGUUCAUGGUCAGAAUAGCUCAGGGUCUCAUUCAUCUUGGCAAGGGUACAAUGACCCUUUCGCCCUACCACAGCGAUAGACAACUUCUCAGUCCAGUCGCACUUGCCGGUCUUUUGGCGACUCUUGUUGGAUUUUUGGAUGUCAAAAAUAUAAUCCUGGGCAGAUCUCAUUACCUUCUGUACACACUGGCAACGGCAAUACAACCGCGUAUGCUUGUGACGUUUGACGAGGAGCUUGUCCCACUGCAGGUACCAGUGCGCGUUGGUAUGGCGGUCGACGUGGUCGGCCAGGCCGGUAAUCCGAAAACAAUCACUGGUUUCCAAACUCACACAACGCCAGUAUUACUGGCGUACGGUGAGCGCGCCGAACUGGCUACCGAGGAAUACAUACCUCUUACACCCAUUAUGGAAGGCUUUGUCAUUUUGCGGAAGAACAAAGAUUUUGCUUAAGCGUCAAUUUAUUGUUUUAUUUAAUAAUUAUUGUAUAAGUAACACGAUAAGAAUUUAUAAUUAAAAGUAUGUUUGAAUAAUCGUGUACUGGUGAUGAUUCUUUUAAUU